AUGGUGUAUAUGGAAAAUCGUCAAAAUUCUUCUCUUCAAGCAACUGGCUAUGUACUUGUGACAGUUACAGACACUCAACCAGAAUUGAUUGCUGUUGGUUGCGUUAUAGGAAUAAUGUGUGUACCAAAUCAAGAAUUUCAAGUUCUUAAUCCAACAACACAAGUUGCUUUAUUUACUGUUUGUGUUGAUAUUUGUCCAAUUAUUCUGAAUAUAUCAUGGAAUAUUUAUCAAGGAGAACAAAAUUCAUCUUCUAAUAGUACACAAUGGAGUUUAUUCAAUGAUAUUAUUUUAUAUGAAAAUAUUUGGUUUUUUGGUAAAACUACAAGUAAUUUUACUGCAACAAAUCAAUUAUUUCUUGAUAAUCCCACGAUAAAUUUUUGGCAAUUUGAAGUUGUUUAUACUUUUAUUUCUGAAACAAGUUCAAGUGCAUUAAAUUUUGUUAUGAAUCAAUCUCCGACAAAUGGUUCUUGUUCAAUUAAUCCUCAAAAUGGUUCAACGAGUACUUUAUUUACAAUUUCAUGUUCAUAUUGGUUUGAUGAAGAUGGCAUUCAAGAUUAUUCACUAUUUGUUUGGACAAAAGAUUCAUUAGAAAAAAUCUUCAUUGCUUUUUCACCAGUACCAGAUUUUCAAGUUCGAUUACCAUCUGGAGAUAAUCAAACAUCAUUACUUAAUAUUAUGAUUUAUGUUCGAGA